AUGACUCCUCCUCUGGGCCGCCUGCGACAUUGGCAGCGUGGCGACGAUGAACUGCCCCUGCACUUCUACCACGCCUCCCUCUCGGAGGGUUCCGGCCUCCUCCAAGAGGAGCGGGUCAGCACCAUCGAGAAGCCGGUCUACAUCCCCUUGGACGAGCGGCAGGACACGGAACGGAAAAGGGCCUCUGCGUUCCGGUUCGCGUUCACGCAUCUGUCGCCCCGCAAGUCGCGGUUCAUCCUCUACCCGCAGUCGUUCUCACAGAUGCCGGGGUGCAGUUCGACCAGGGCGCCCUCAUCUCGACCACUGCCGACGGGCUUCUGGAUGGUCGGCGUGGCAAGUCCUCUUUCAGCGGAGCGGCGGUACGUGGAGACAUGA